AUGGUUGGCAGCAUGGAAGCUGGCAGCAAUGUGGGGGGCAGCAGCGUGGCGCGCAAAUCCCAGCGCAGCAGGGUGGUUUGGCAAGCCUCUCAAAAGGAGGCCCUGCUAUCAGCUUUCAGCAAGAGUCCUUACGUGAGCUUUGCACAGAGGCAGAACCUGGCCAGUCAAAUGGGGGUCCCCGAUUCCUGCAUCCGCGUGUGGUUUCAGAACCGCAGAAGUCGCACUGGAGCCGUGGGGCAGGAGCUUGGUUCCAGGGCACAGGGUGGAGGCAUGCCGUCAGACCACAGGCGGCCUCGCACUCGAAUCACUUCAGCCCAGCGCAGGAUCCUACUGCAAGCCUUCGAGAGGAACCCGCGGCCAGGCUUUGCUACUCGGGAGGAGCUGGCACAGAGGACAGGUUUGCUCGAGGACACGGUCUACAUCUGGUUUCAGAACAGAAGAGCGCGGUGCCUCAGCAGGGGCAGGCCCACAGCUCAAGAUCAAGACUUGCUGGCCUCAAGUGGGGCAGAUGAGGCCCGCGGAGGUGCGGGUGCCAGGGAGCAUGAAGGUGCCCGGGACAGUUUGUUGCCCCUGGCUGCUGCAGGGCUUACAGAUUCCUCCAGUCCCAGCGACCUGCCAAACUUCUGCACAGAGUCCCAGCUGUGCCAAUCGGAAGAGCCCUGUGGACCAGUCCAAGAAGAGGCCCCCGCUCAAGCAAGGAACACAGGCCCUCUCGAGCUGUUCCUUCCUCAAUGGCUAGACCAAGCCCAAGCGGAGGAGCUUGUGCCAGCCCCUCUGGAUUUGGAUGGAGUUCUGGAUGGCAGGGAGCUGGAAGGUGCCCACGACAGCUUGUUGCCACUGCCUCCCACUGGCGGUGUGGCCAUGGAUCCAUCGAGUCCCAGCGACCUCCCGACCUUCUGCACAGAAUCCCAGCCAUCCCAAGUGGAAGAGCCCUCCGGACCAGGCCAAGCACAGGCCCCCACUCAAGCAAGCAACACAAACCCUCUGGAGUUCUUCCUUGAUCAACUGCUGACCGAGGUCCAAGUGGAGGAGCAUGGCCAAACUCCAUCCCAUCCAACCUUCUUUGACCCAUGCUAUGCUGUCCGCUUGUGUCUCAACUCUCCCGAACCGCAGAAGUCGCACUGGAGCCGUGGGGCAGGAGCUUGGUUUCCAGGGCACAGGGUGGAGGCAUGCCGUCAGACCACAGGCCGGCCUCGCACUCGAAUCACUUCAGCCCAGCGCAGGAUCCUACUGCAAGCCUUCGAGAGGAACCCGCGGCCAGGCUUUGCUAUUCGGGGAGGAGCUGGCACAGAGGACAGGUUUGCUCGAGGACACGGUCUACAUCUGGUUUUCAGAACAGAAGAGCGCCGGUGCCUCAGCAGGGCAGGCCCACAGCUCAAGAUCAAGACUUGCUGGCCUCAAGUGGGGCAGGAUGAGGCCCGCGGAGGUGCGGGUGCCAGGGAGCAUGAAGGUGCCCGGGACAGCUUGUUGCCCCUGGCUGCUGCAGGGCUUACAGAUUCCUCCAGUCCCAGCGACCUGCCAAACUUCUGCACAGAGUCCCAGCUGUGCCAAUCGGAAGAGCCCUGUGGACCAGUCCAAGAAGAGGCCCCCGCUCAAGCAAGGAACACAGGCCCUCUCGAGCUGUUCCUUCCUCAAUGGCUAGACCAAGCCCAAGCGGAGGAGCUUGUGCCAGCCCCUCUGGAUUUGGAUGGAGUUCUGGAUGGCAGGGAGCUGGAAGGUGCCCACGACAGCUUGUUGCCACUGCCUCCCACUGGCGGUGUGGCCAUGGAUCCAUCGAGUCCCAGCGACCUCCCGACCUUCUGCACAGAAUCCCAGCCAUCCCAAGUGGAAGAGCCCUCCGGACCAGGCCAAGCACAGGCCCCCACUCAAGCAAGCAACACAAACCCUCUGGAGUUCUUCCUUGAUCAACUGCUGACCGAGGUCCAAGUGGAGGAGCAUGGGUCAGCUCCUCUGGAUCUGGAGCCAAUAGACACAGUAGCUGAGCUGUCUCUUUCUCAAGAGGAUUACCAGGCUCUGCUGGAUAUGCUCUGA